AAAAAAAAAAAAAAAAAAAAUCGAAUGAAAUUUCGAAGACAGUCAACCUCUUGUUGGUUGAUUUAUUCUCCUGAUGGUGUAAAUUCGGUGCCACGGUCGCGCCGACAUGAGUGGGAGGUAUGACAGCCGACGAAAAAGGGAGAUAAUGACAGUCAGGAGUUGUCAAGGGAGCGAGUCGCACCAUCUUCCGCUGCCGAUAAUUUCAAAUUCAAUCGACGUCAGUGGAAUUUCGUAAUUUCAUUAUGAAAAUCAUUUUUUUUGGUGCGAUGAUGACGUGGGUUUUUGCCAGUGGUGGAGUGAUUGUGGGGGAUGGGGGUGUACGGAGGAGGGAGAGUGCCGAUUGUUGCGAAUCGUGUAGUCCGGUGGAUUUUAUGAUCGGAAAAUUGGGUGUUGUUCAGGUCGUGAUGUUUUUGGAUGAGUCUUGGGGUGGCAGUCAUAAACAGGCGGUCAUGUUGAACGUUCUGAAACAUCGACUCGACAAGUCCGGGUUCUCGGACACUCAAUUCAUCGUCGUAAAAUCGCAAGGCCCUUUAGGGCCCACCGAUGUUGAUGACGACCUGGAGGACAUUGAGAGGCAGGCGUGGAGUACACUGGCCCCGGAGGGCGCCUCAGAGAUAUUCUCGGGGCCUUAUGACUCGGAAUUCCUGAAGAAUACCCUAUCUCCAGACAUUUUAUUGGUGGAGGACAAUCAGUUGGGCCAGUUGGGCCUGUGGAGUCGUCUCCAUGGAUCGAGGCACCAGGUCCAGGUGGUGGAUCAGUGCGGACGGAUGGCGUAUCAGAUAAUGGUCCCCUGGAGCAUCCUCCAUUUUCCGUACGUCAAAGCCGCCAUUUUGUCGACUCUCAAUGACAGCCCUUGUGGGCCUUGUGGUGACAAUGACACGAGCUUGAUGAGUAGUUUCAUGAGAGGAGCCGAUGAAAGGGACUUUGAAAAUGACAAUCAGACGGCCCCUCAGCCAUCACCCCCUUCCCCGUCAUUUCCCGAUGAAUCAACUGCCUCGAACGACACCGAUGGGCCCGUCCUACCCGAUCUGAGAAUCGUCCUUAAUGCCCCUCAUUAUCACGGCGACGAUAAGAAGGUGUUCAACUACCUGGAGUUCCGGGUGGGUAAGCCAGGGUAUCAUGGACACCUUGAACCCUCACCUCAGGCCCCAGGUCACCCUAGUCAGAUGGAAUAUGGCGACCAGUACGGGGGGCCUUCCUCGGAGGGCAUCACCUUCCUGAAGGACGAGGGCCCAGGUCUCUUCGGGGAGGCGUCGACUUCCUGGGGGGAUGAAACUCCAGUCGAUGGUAUCGACGAGGAUCUGGUGCUUUUGGGGAGUGAACUCCAUGGAGAUGAUGCUGCUGGAGCAGUUCAUCGUGUCGUGACCGAGGAAUCGCCGACUUUACCGAGUCUCACAGCUGAGGAGGAGGUCUACAGGAGUCGAACAAUUGCUCAUUACAGUAAAUUACUUCCCUGGCUUGAUUAUGUACUCGAGGAGUGAGGGAUUAAUUAUAAUGUACAAUAAAUAUUGAAUGGUAACAAUUGUAUGGGGAUAAUAUGGGGUAAAAAGGUAUUUUUUGUCGGUAAUUUACCGACAAAAAAAUUAAUUGUCGGUAUGUUACCGACAAAAAAC